CUCCAAAUUGCGUCCUGCUCCUCAUCGCCUCCCCAUCCCUCGGCCCUUCCUUGCUGCCUUGGGACACCCGGUGUUUCCUCCUCCUUCUCCUCCUCCUUUAUCUCUACCUGCGUCUCCUCUUCCUCCUCAUCCUCCAUCUGACUCUCUGUAGAAGACGAAGGUACAUCCUCGCCAUCUAUCGCCAUGAUCUCCCUCCUAAAUACCUCCGCAUUAUGACCCAAAGCCUGCGCCGGGUGCUCCGCUGCACCCCGGAAUCUGUAGCCUUGCUCAGCAACGGGAUCCAUCACGUCUUCUCCUUCCUCCUCCGGCUCGUACUCCUCCUCUUCCUCCUCCGGCUCCUCGGCCUCCAGAUCCUCAUCGCCCCUUGCUACAAGUUCCCGGAGCACCUGAUAGACUUGCUCUACUCUCGCCUCUACUCUUUGGAUCCUGUCGUCCUCCUCAUCAAUGGGAUCUUGCGUUUCUUCUUCCUCAAUGGGUGCGUACCCAGGUCCUGGAGAGGCGGGUGGGCUAUAUCCCGGAGAGAAGGGUGGUCCAUAUGGAGAGACGGGUUCUCUGUAUCCUGGAGCCCGGGGGUCUCUGUAGUAUGGCGAGGUGGGGUCGUUGUAUCUUGGAGCGACGGGUUCUCUGUAGUAUGGCGAGGUAGGGUCGUUGUAUCUGGCUGCGGCGGGGUCUCUGUAUCCUGGAGCGGCGGGGUCUCCAAAUGCUGGAAAGGCGGGUGCAUACCCAAAUGCAGCGGCGCCACCGUAUGGUUCAUAUGGAGAGCCGGGUGCGUACUGUGGAGAGCCGGGUGCGUACUGUGGAGAGCCAGGUGCGUACAGUGGAGAGCCGGGUGCAUACAAGGGCGAACCUAGCGGGUCAUAUGCGGCAUCCUGCGCCUCAUCCGCGAGACGAGGCCCUUCGUACGCCGGUGGUGGUGAUCUCUCUUCGUACGCGGGCGGCGCGGGAGCGGCAUCAAUAGGCGUUGGCGCAGCAUCGACUGGCGCAUGAGGGACAGCAGGCGGCGCACCAUCG